GCAGUUUCUGCUAGGCAUGGUGGGGAAAAGAAUAACAAAUUGGGUGGUCUUCUCUAUUGGGAAUUAGACAGGAGUAAUUGGGGUUUAGAUUUUUCUUUAUUUUAAACUUCAAAUGAGAUAUCCCUUUCAGGUAAUUUGAUUUAAAAAGAUAAAUUUCAAGGCUUCUUUUUCCUCCUUUCCAUUUUAUAAUUGUAUAUCAAGGGGGAGAUUGUCUGCAGUUGUCAGCCAUUUUUCUGUGGUCAUAAAGUCUUCAGGUGCUAGUCUCUAUGCAAUUUUUGCCAUCUGCUCUGCUAGUGACCAUUACCACUCCCAUUACUAAAAACCACACACAUAACAUUCCAUUACAUAUCCCAAAACAAGUGCAAGACUAGCAGACCCCAGACUACUCUUGCUUGUUGUUUUGGGUCCAAUUUUCUUUAUUUCAUUUGUGAUGAUGCUGGGAGGUUGAAGUUGGGGUAUGAAAUUUGGCAGGAUUGCGUUUUAUUUUUACAUCUCAAGUUGCCAUAGUCUAGUCCCAUCCAUUCCACAGCUGUCCCAACCGGUGAGGAGAGGUAAGCUGUUGCACUAAGGAGAUAAGGAGAGGACCCCUCCUGUGGCUUUGUAGAGCAGCUAAAGCUUACUCCAUUCUAUUUCUGCAUUAAUGGGCCAUUGGCAAUUGCACAGUUUAGGCUUUUCUGUUCUCCCUGGACAGCUGCCUUUGCAAUCCAACUGGCUUCAAAUGGCCCCCCUCCAUCCCUCAGGUCAUCUUUGUGCCUGUAUUUCUAUUUAGUGCUUAGUAUCUUACUUAAAUUUAUAUUGUGGGAAAUCCCGUUUAAAAAAAUACUAAACUUCAGUGAAAUUUACCAAUCUGUUCCAUUUUCUUGUUAUACUGGAACUCUUAAACAGUAGUUUAUUUUUAAAUAGCCUGUCCAAAAUAGUGAAGUGAUAGAAUGUUUAAUUGGGAGAGGGGGACAGUUUGGCUUUUGCAGUAACCUGUAAGCAUUGGUGAUUUUUACAUUUUGCAGUGCUAAGUGCCAAAGUUACAUCAAUGUUACAUUGGCUAUGCCCGGUUACCAACUGUGCAUAGAACGAUAUGUGAGUGAAUGGGUAGGUGGCAUUAACAUUGGAUCCAAGUUCACAGAAGGCUGCUUUCCUUUAUAUCUACAAUCCUCACCAUCUUAAGACCCCUAAAAGGAAAAAAAAAGAAACAAAAGUUUCUAUUUUUAAUACAAGCCAGCAGCGACUACAGUUUGUUCUGUUGCUUACAGCUACCCAUAGGAUUAAGACUGUUGUCAUUCCAAAUGAAAAACUCAAUAGCCAAUGGUGACUAGUGCAAAAUAGACUAGGGUACUUUCCCAGGACACUUUCCCACUAACUUGUAUGUUGGUUUAUAUUUUUGAAAUAGAUACAUAAUUUUAUAAGGUAUUCCUCUUGUUCAUAGAAAGUUUCUCUUUUUACUGGAACAUUCCAAAUAUAUAAAGUUUCAACUUUUAGAGCCUUAGAAAUGGGAUCUUUCUGUGGAACAGUGAUAAGACAGGUACUGCUAUACUCGGGUUAAUUUUUUUAACAUGGCCCUUCUCUCCCAUUUUCUUCAAAAGUAUUAUUAAGAAACAUCUCGCUUCCACCACCACCCCCAUUCAUACCACGUGGGUGGUGUUGCCUAUUCUUGAAACUUAAUGUUCAUAGUAGAGCUGUGAUCUGUUUUCUUCUCAUAAUUGAAAAACUGCAUAUAUGGACCUUAGUUUCUUUCAAGAGAAAGUUGUCUUCAAGAAAUAUAGCUGCCAUUAUCAUCAUUGAAAAACUGUAUUACAGUGGUUAGCCAAAUAUAGUGGCUGACUUAACACACUCUAAGCAUAUAGGUCCUUGGGGUUUCCUUAAGUUAUGUUGAAUAACUUCCAUGUUAAGGCAUUUUUCAUUACUUGACAAUAGGUGACAUUUUAGCUUCUCGGGUGAAUUCUUGGUAGCACUGUCUUCAGCCAUCUUUCAUAUUGUGGCCUGUGUUCCACUACAGUUUGUGGAAAAAUUUUUGUAUGAAAUAAUGGCAGUUAGGGAAAUAAUUCCAAAUCUCUUGCAAAUUACCAUUGUACGAAACUUAAAUUCUAAGUAGUAGGGAUUAUUUUUAGUUAAUAUUCAAUCUAAUCCAGCUGUAGUGAUGAGCUGACAGAAGGAAGGUAUCAUAGAAAAUAAAACAACCAGCUCCUUAAAUGUAUUAAAACCCUGUAUAGUUUGUAUUGAAAACUGCUUUCUAUAUAUUUUGUUUUCACUAUUAAAGAGGGUGGUUUAAGUAUUACUAAAGUAUUAGUAGCCAGGACAUGUCUCUCCAUGCCUCAGUACUUUUCUGUCCUUUUUAGUAAAAAUGCAUUGGUAGCUGAAUUUUCCUCUGAUGAUGAAUUAUUUGAUCUUAGAGGUUUAGUCUUAAAAAUUUCAUGGACGAAAAAGCUUCUUCUUCUUCUUCUUGUUUUUUUUCUUUUUAAUUCUAAGUUAAGAGUAAAAGUUGGAAUAUAAAUUAUCUACUUUCAAGUACUUUAUGAUUUAGCUGAGGAGUUAUGUUUGCUUUUAUUCUCAGUAUCAGGUAGCAGUAGAUACACAUGUACAGUGUUUUUGCUGUUGUCUACAAAUAGUAAUUGAGAAAGUACUCAGUUGACUUCUUUACUCUUUUUUCUUCUUGAGCUUAUAAUAGUAGCACUUUGAUUAAUCAUGUUAGAGAACAGUGUUCUUUGCUAGCUGUUUUCCUUGAUACGCCUGCUAUUAAGCUUUACUAGUUAAUUACAUUUACAUUUAAAUACAUGUUAUUAUAAAAUGUUAUUCUUUAACUUCCAGAUAUAAAGGAAGGUAUUAAAACUUCGAUUUCAUGUAUGAGAUACCCAUUUAAGAAAAUUCGAUAUCAGUCCUGUUAUAUUCUUUAUUUCCUGUUGGACAUUAUAAUUACCACCUGGCUGUUUCUUGCAAUAUGAAAGCAUUUCUCAUUCCCUUCAACUAUAUUGGUUACAUGCAAGCAUUCUUGACUUCCAAAUGCUUGUUUUAAUAUAAUCACUAGUGUUUCAUACUUUCUUUUGCCCUAUUUUAGGGUUUUAAAAAAGCAUUCCUAUCAGAGAGCACCCUAAGGUGCCUGACAGUAUAGCUGCUUCUCUCCAGCUGAUAAAUGACAAACUGUUCCUGGUAGUUGGUGGUGUUAACCUGUUUACUCUUAGUACCUGUCUGUCACUGUCCUGCAGCAAAGCUUUGACUGUUUGUGUUUUUUGUUUUUAUUUUUUUUCUUGUGGGUUUUUUCUUUUGGCAUAUUGUGUGACAUUUUGGUUUUUGUUGUGGUGUUUCUGACUCUUUGUGCCUUUCCUUUUGUGUUUGUUUUCCCUCCUUUUCUCAGUUUGCAGCGGGGCCUCGACCUGCCCAUCAUCAGGUACUGUACUCUUGCCCCUUCACUAUCACCCUUAACUAAUAGGUGAGAGCUUUAGUAGCUGCUAACUCUUAGAAUGCUGCCAUCAAAUUACUCUCUUCAAGAGUAGCUUCUAUCUGAUAUGAUUCAGUUCUUUUUGUUUACUAAUUUCAUUGCGUUUUGUUAUUAACAAAUCCAUUUGCUUCUGUUCAUGGUACAGUUUAAAACUAAUGAUUACAGUUUUUUCCCUUAAAAAAAAAGAUGGCUUUGAAUUUAGAGAAGCUUUGAAAAAUUUUAGAUAUAUUAAGUUCUCACAAUUUGUAGAUAUCUGUAUUAAGCUUAAAUUUAACUGACUUGAACAGGCAACAUUCUAAGGGUUUUUUGUUAACAUUCUGAUAUAACUUGUAUUGAUGUGUAUAAAAUAGCAUUAAUAUUUCUAAAACCACUUACUUCUCAGUUACUAACUAGACCUAAUAACAAAUUGAUUAGCAGUAAUGUAUAUUCAUUUGCUGCAUAGAAUUAUCUUUAUUCUUAGGAUAUAUAGAAAAUAGAUAACUUUGUUAUUUAAUUUGAAUAUUUUUAACCUAUUGGUUUUUUUUUAAUGAGGUGAUUGUAUAAAUUAAAAUUUCAAAAAUAUAUAUGUUAACGUUAAGUUAUUUAGAAAUCUACCAAAGGAGUUUGUGUCAGAGAAACAAAAAGACUUGCAGAUUUUUUUUCCUCUCAGAUAGCUUUUUGUGGAGUAUUCUGAAACAUUUCUCCUGUUGUUGUAGGGAACAGUUGGGCUUUAGAUUGUAACAGACCUAUGUUCAUAUUACCAGUUCUACUAUGUCACCAAUGGGGUCACUUAAGUAAAUCUUUUUCUGAGCCUCAGUUUUUUCAUAUUUAAAAUGGGGAUAAAUAUAGUUUACAUUAGGGAUAAUAUAGGUAAAGCAUCUGUCACAAAGCAAGUCAGUAAGUAGCAUUGGUUUUUAAUAUUGUUGUGCAACAUAGUACAGUUUGAUAAAAUGAGAGAAAUGGUACUAGUGUUUACCUAUGAUGUCAUACUUUGGAAGUCUUAUUACUGAGUAAACGUAUAUUGUUUAAUUGAAGGCUGUUAUUGUCUUAGAGUUAUUUAAUACACAGCUCUGUUUCUGAAAAUGUAGGCCUGGAAUUUGGAGGAUAUAAAGGCCAAGCAAAUUCUGAGGUGUUAAGGGCACUUUAAGGAGCACUGGUGGCACAAUGGUUAAGUGCUUGGCUGGUAACCAAAAGAUUGGCAGUUUGAACCUACCCAGCAGCUCCGGGGGAGAAAGACCUGGUGAUCUGCUCCCAUAAAGAUCACAGCCUAGAAAACCCUAUGAGGCGGUUCUACUCUAUCACUUGGAGUUGCUGUGAGUUGAAGUCGACUUGAUAGCACCUAACAACAACAACAAUAACAACAAAGGCACUUUGUAGGAGAACUCAGAGAAGAAGUAGAUGGCUAUUUUUUUAGCAUAAGGAGCCCUGGUGGUGCAAUGGUUAAGCACUUGGCUGCUAACCAAAAGAUUGGCGGUGUGAACCUAUCAGUGUCUCUGCGGGAAAAAAGACCUGAUGAUUUGCUCCUGUAAAGAUUAAAGCCUAGGAAACUCUGUGGGGCAGUCCUGCUCUGACCUACAGGGUUGCAGUGAGUUGGAAUUGACUCGACAGCACAUGAUGGCAACUUUUCAGAAGCAGCUCACUAGGCUUCUCGUCCAGAGCUCCUCUGGGUGGGUUCAAAUUGCCAACCUUUAGGUUAGUAGUCGAGUGCUUAGCCAUUUGCCUCAUCGAGAGACUCUCUUUUAGGUAAUGUGGUUGAGUAUAAAUUGAAAAAAAAUUCUUUUUUUUUUUUAGUCAAGGACCAUAGAGGCAAGGCUUGAAUUUUAGGCAGGGAUCAAACCAGAUACUCCUGACAGGUACACCUGGCAAUCUCUGCUCAAGAAGCAGAGUGAAAAGAAACUAUUUGUGGAUUAAGUGGAGACAAGAAAUUGAGCAAAAAUUAUGAGCUCCUUUAUAUAGCAUUCUUUAAUUUGUUUGUUAAUGUUUGUUAAACCUUGGCUUCUUUUGAAAAUAAUUUCAGACAGCUUAAGGCCGAUUUUACCUUUAACAGUAUCUUUGGUUGCCAUUAUUUUGGAGUGUUGUCUGUGACAUAGAUUACUGGGUGACUUUUGAAACCAGAACCAUAUUGGUAAAUAGCCCAGGGACCUCUUAUUAAGAGUUGUUAGCUGCCCUUGAGCUGGCUCCCGGCUCAUGGCAACCCGUUUCACAGCAGAAUGAAAUGCUUCCCAGUCCUGCACCAUAACCAUGACUGGUUGCUGAUCAGCCCAUUACAAUCCAUAGGAUUUUCAUGGUUGAUUUUUGGAAAUUGAUAGCCAGGCCUUUCUUCCUACCCUGGAAUCUCCACUGAAACCUGUUUAGCAUCAUAGCAACAUGCGUGCCUCCACUGACAGAUGAGUGGUGGCUGCAAUGAGAUACACUGGCCAGAAAUCAUAGCCAGUCUCUUGAAGACUGUUAAUCUUGAAAUUUUUAAACAUCUUGAUAAAUAUAGCAGAAACUUAAAGGCUGGGUGUUUUCUACUACUUGUGUUCAAUAGCAGUGGCCCUACAAUAGAGAUGUUGUAUUUAAGCAUUAAUAGUCAUCUUUGUGAAAUUCUGUUUUCUAAACUUUCCUCUGAGCCUUAAAGGCAUGUGUUACAUUUUGUCUUUCCUUAAUUCCAACAAUCAAGGAAAACUUUCAGAAAUCUUUGUGAGAAAAGAUUUGUUUCAGUCUUGUCCCCUUUCUAUGUGUAAUAUGACUCAACAAAGUAUUGGCAGAUUGGUGUUUUUUUAGCUGUAGGAUGAUGCUUGCCAAAUUACAUCAUGUUUCGACCAUUAAAAAAAAUAGAAAAGUGUGUAUGUGUGUAUAAUUUAUUAAUUAGCUAGAAAAAUAUUUUCUGACAAUAGUACUUGAAGAUAGAUUUUUGAUAUGUGGCAGAAAUCCAGAACAUUGCUUUUGAAUCCAAAAACUUGAGGUAGUGGUCUGCUUUUUACUAUGGUACUCAUUUUAAAAUACCAGUUAAAUUCUUUUUAUUAUACCACAGAGAAUUAAGUGAUUAAGGAAGUAUAUACCCUUGGCUCAGGCAGUAGCAGUAGUUACCUUGGAGAAAUAGAAGAGGGAAGAGGCAUGGGAUUGAAGUGGCACUGCUGAGCAGGAGGUUACUGAACUGGUGUGGUAGGCAUAGAGUAAAUUAUUGGGAAGAGUUUGCUGUUCUGUAUCCAUAGGAGAUGUAGGGGCCGCUUUAAUCUGUUUUACAGUGGAAUGGAUGGAUAACUGAUUAUGAAAAAAACCUGUAAAUUGCAGUUCAUUUAGCAACCUUUGGGCUCCAAAUGCCACUGGAAUUCCCCCAGGGACAAUUAAAAAAUAGAAAAGAAAACACACAAAAAAGCCUCCACAUAUUUCCAAAUACCCUCUAUGGAGGUAAUACCAUUUUUCACUUAAUCAUUGAGACUGAAGUAUAUAUUUAAGAGAAUCUUCUCCUCAGAUCUAAAACUAGUUAGAGAUCUAAAGCUCUGAGAGGUUCACAGAGAAGGAAAUGCUCAUAAUACAAAAUGAGACAUAGAGAAUUGAGUAAUGAAAGCAAUACAGUACAUGAAAAACAAGUGUUGAAUGUGUUAAAAAAGAGAAACUAAGAAACAGGAAUUGACAGAUUCCUCAGAGUGUAUGGGAACGUUCGCAAAGGUCACUGGCCAAUGUGAAAUGCAUUCAGGAACAGAUAAAAAAUGAUGUGGAAAUAAACUCCUUGCCAUCGAGUUGAUUCCGACUCAUAGCGACCCUAUAGGACAGAGUAGAACUGCCCCAUAGGGUUUCCAUGGAGCCUGGUAGAUUCGAACUGCCAACCUUUUGGUUAGCAGCUAAACUCUUAACCACUGCUCCACCAGGGCUCCAGUGUGGAGAUAGGUAAUCAUAAAAUGGAAAACGCUCUCUGGGAUAAGACAACUGUGGUAACCAUGAAGCUGUUUAAAGUUUAUCCUGUGCAAAGAAUUUAACUUUAGGCAAUUUCAAAUGAAUGAGGGUCAAAGAAACCACCUAGUAACCCUGACGUCAGCUGAUCUCAGAAAGGAAGACAUGAUUUCAGUCAAUCGUGUUGAGAUUAUUAGCCAACAGGUUGAGUUUUUACUGUUUCCUCCUCUUCUCCUUAAAAGCCGCAUUGUAACGGGCCUGAAUUGAGUCUUGUUUUUUUAAAAACAAACUAAUGUCCCUGCAUACAGAAUAACUGCUCAAAUAAGCCCUGUAUACUGUAUUUGUGCUUUAUUUUUUUAACAAGUAGUAUGCAGAGAAUAUGCUUUUAAGAGAAAAAAAAAUCUAUGCCUUGGGAUAUUUUUGAUUUGUUGUAUUUAAGACUUAAAGUUGAAUUCAAAGUAUAAAUAAUUUUUUUCACCUGUGACUGUUUGCUUUGGCCAGAUAAAAUUAAAUCAAGACUUAGAGCUAGCCUUGAAACUAGUGAAUAGGUGUCUCACUUCUUUAUUUUAUUAUUCAUCAGUGGCUACUUUUCUGAUCACUUACACCCUUUCAUGCUUUGGUCUUAUUUUUUUUAAAAGAAUUUGAAUGUUAGAUAAUGUUUCCUGUGAUUAUUGUUUCUAAGAUCCAAUAUCAAAUGAGUAACUUUUUGUGGAUGCUUAGUAACCAUUGGUUCUGUAAACACUGUAGGGAAUAAAAAUAAUAACUAUUAUUUAGGUAAGCUAUUUGGAGGUAAUUUUUUGUGAAAAGAAAACAUCCUCGUCCAGUUUAGUAAUCUAGAACCUAUAUAUUUUUAUAUAUAAAAUAAAGUGAUAUGAAGUGAAACAAAUAAUGGGAUUUUAGAUAGUAAACAUUUUCUUUGCUCUUAGUAGAACCAAGAAAUUGCUAUAGAAGGUUUUUCCUGGAGGUGCUUUUGUUUAGAAGAUCUUUUUUUAUGUGUGACCAGCUAGGACUUUUUUUGAGUUUUUGCGAGUCAGAGACUUCAUGCUCCAGUUAGUAUUAUGUCAGCCUCAUCUUCUUUCUAGUACCAUUAGUUUUUGCUUUUGCAGGUAUUCUUUAGAUCAAUAAGGAUGUUCUUUUUGCAUUUUACUAUCUGAAGAGAACUUUUAGAAUAACAGUUUUCUUAAGAUAAAGCAAGAAAUCCUAAGUAAUUUUGUAUGCCCUUGGUAUACCCUUGGCUUUAGAAAUAUGUCAACUAUUUUUACACUGAUGUUUGAAAAUCCCAAGGUAAUUAGAAACUGAAACAGCAGAAAGUUCAUUCAGAGUUAAGUCACUUGGAAUAAUUUAGAUUCUGUUUUGUGUUGUUAAUUUCGUGUCUUUGGUCAUUGGAAUUUGUUUGGUUGUGGUUUAAGGUUACUUAUGUUCCUGUCCUUAUUUUACUUUUGUUUCACAAUAGAGAUCAAGUGUUGGUUAUAUAGUAUGGCUGAGUACUCUUUUCAUUAUGAGACAGAUCAGGGGAUUGGUAUUUUAAAAUGUUCUUAGAAUAAAAACAUUUUGCAGUUUGUUGAAAUGUGACUUCAGUUUACUGAGUGUUCAAAAGAGCUGGAUAAUAGCCAUAUUUAAAACAAUUGAAUUUAGCAUAAACAAAUGUUAAGCCUCAUAAAACUUAGCAGUAUUUGCUGGCAAACAUGCAUGUUUUCUGCUGUAGUUUGGGUCUUUCUGCAAAAAGAUUUUAAAAAGUAAGAGAAAAGAAAGGAAGAAGUAACAACUGGUUUAUGUUGAUAUUUUCCUUAUGACCCCUAAAGGUUCCUCUACUCAAAAUUAUGUUGUUACAUUCAGUGUCCUAGUUCCUGGUUCAGACUUAUUUGUAUUGCUAUCGGCAGUUUCUCAGAAAGUGAAAGAAAGGAAGGCUUGGGGUUUGCCUCUGGGGCCAGACCUGGCACAUUAGAGUUUGAUGGAUGAGAGUAGGAAACCAGAUAAAGCAUAUAUAUGUAUAGUCUUAUGACCAGACUUCUUGGAUCUUUCAGAAGUUCAUAAUGGCAAUUUUGUCUGGUGUUGUAGGGUGGCAGCAUAGAUAGUAAAGAAAGUACAGGUUGGGAGUUGGCAUAACUGGUGUUCAAUCUCAGCUUCACUAGAAACUAGCCUUGAGCCUCAGCUUUAAAAUACACUCAUAAAUAAUAUAAUAUCGGGGCUUUACAAUAACAGCACCUAUUUCUAGCGGUGUUGUGAGGAUCAAAGUACUGCCUAUCAUAGUGUCUGGCACCUAAUAGGUCCUUGGUAAGUGUUAAUUUCCUUUUGAAGGGAGACAGCGUGCCUUACCCUUUUCCCAGUCUAUUUUUAGCUGUGACUGAAGUGUUCUAAAAGGAUGCUCAUUUCUCAGGCUGUACAUUAUGAUCUGACAAAACACCUUCUUGAUCCUGACAGAAUCCUUAGGGCUUUCUUUCCUCCGUCUGACAUAAUCCUCUAGGGGAGUGCUGUCUAAUAGAACUUUCUGUAAUGAUGGAAAUGUUUUGUAUCUGUGCUUCCAUUAUGGUAGCCACUAGCCCCAUAUGACUAUGGAGCACUUGACAUGUGGCUGGUGUGACUGAGGAACUAAAGUUUUAGUUUUAUUUUAAGUAGCCACAUAUAGCAAGUGGCUACUGUAUUGGACAGCUCAGUUCCAGGGCUUAAAUCUCCUGAUUUUUAGUUAAGUCUAAAUUACGUGAUAUUGUUUAAAUGCAGGAAAAUAAAGAAUUAGAAUAGAAUAAACUUUCAUUAUAAAUUGUUAUGAGUUAGCAGAACAUGUGAUUGAUACCUGAGUUAUAUCCCCUUAUAUGGACUUUUUGCUACUUGUGCCUUUGUAACUCGUCCGUCCCUUUGUAACUUGUCAGAGAAUCGUAACACUCAUAUUUCUCAAGAGCACUUUAAAAUUUUUAAAGAUAUUCACACACAAAAAGAAUCUUAAGCAAUUCCAGAUCUUACUGUUCAUCCCUCCAGUAGGCUGAACUGUAUAUUGUAAAAAGCUAAGGAUUUCACAAGCAUAUUUUUGAUUUGAGUUUUAUUGCUUCAAAAGUAAACAUCGGUAGCUUUUUUCCACAUGGGAGAGCUAAUGUGAUUGAAUAAGAUUUUUCUAGUUGGCUGAAAAUGAAGAGGUGAUUUUCAUUUCUGUUUAUUAUGUAAUUUGUUAGAGAUACCUUUGUCUUUCGAUGAUUUCAGAGAACAAAUUCUUGAAAAAUGAUACACUGUAAUUGCCAGUAUCUUUAAAGAGCAUUUAUUACCUAUGUUAUUGCCAGGAAAGUUUGGGUAAUGGUAUGAAAUAUUGCAUGUUUAGAAGGAUUUUCCAAGAGGAAGCAUUUUUCUUCCAGCUUUUGGAGUGUUUCUGUGUAAGUUAGCAAUCAUGAGUACCCUAAGUUUAGCCUCUGUUUGAAAUGUAUCGUAGCCCUUUGGAGGCCUACAGGUACUACUGAGAUGAGGGCUGUCACCUUCCUCUGCCAUUCUUCUGGCAUACUAGUAAAACUAGAAAAACAAAAGACUUAAAACAGAAUAAAAUCAAGUUUAGGAGAUGAUUCUUUUAUCAGUGACUUGGGUAAAUGAUAUGCCUGUCAGGUUUGCUGAUGGUCUUGUAUUUUUCACAUUGCAUGGUAGAAUCAGAAUCCAAAAAGAUCUGGAGGAUCUGAAAUGAUGGAUUGAAUAUUACCAGAUAAAAUUUCAAAGGGACAAACUACAAGAUUCCCCACCUGGGCUUCAAAAUACAACUAUAAGUGUACAUUAUAGGGAUUGCAACUAGUGUCACAUAACAAUAUGUGUAUAAAUUUUUAUAUGAGAAAUUAACUUGAGCUGUAAACUUUCACCUAAAGCACAAUUUAAAAAAAGAGUACAUACAGAAUUGAAGCGCAUGGCUCAUUGGCAGCUUAUGUAUAAAGAUAAUUUAAGGGUUUUAAAUUAUUGUGAGCUCAGUACCAAUCAGUAGUGAAAUGUGGUUGACAAAAGAGCUCCUGUGAUUCUUGGUUUCAUUAAUGGAAAUAUGGUUGGCAAGAAUAAGAGAUAUAUAUCAGCAACAAAUAUUUAUUGAGUGAGUACCAAGUUCAUUCUGGGCAAACCCCACCUUCAUAUUUGUGUUUGGUUCUGUACUUAGUGAGACUUUGAGCAACAAGAGCAGAUUGAUUGAGAGAAAAGAGAAAACUGUUUAGGGUAUUCAAAAUCUUUGUUAGAGGGACAUGGAGUGAACGGCAAUGAUUGACUUGGAACACAAACCGAACCGUGGUGUGAAAGUUAGCAGUGAUGGCAGUCUUUAGAUAAUGGAGGUCUGUCAUUUAUGAAGAAGAAGAAUUUGACUUCCAUGUGAUUUCAGGGAUAGACAUUGGUCCGUUAAGUAGGUAAUAUAGAGAGAAAAAUUUGGAGCCAGUAGAAAGGACUUUGCAGUGCCAGAACUCUGCUUAACAAUGAAACCGAGCUGUCUUGAGUUGCUGAAGUUUCAUAACCCCAAGGGCAUGUCAUAGAAUAGAUUCAGAUUUUAGAUAGAUGGUUAGACUAAAUGUCCUGUACAGUCCUUUCAUCCUAGAGAAAGUUUGAUUCUUUUAGUGAUUCAUCAUCACUCAGCUGAGAGGAAAUGGGAUUCAUAAGGAUUGCAAGCAGUUUGGGAAAAUCCGUUAAUGCAUUCUCUUUAAUAACCUAUGGUUUGCUACCAUGCCCACAUAUCUGAGAAUCUGAAUUUCCUGCACCACUAUUAAAUCUAAUUCUGCAUUUCCAAUUGAAAGGUUAGGAAGGAAAAUAAAAAGAGAGAGAGAAUCCAUCUCUUUAUUUCUUUGCAUUUCCAGCUAUUACAGCCUUUCCAGUCCUGUGGAUAUUAGACUCUAUGUUGUAUGUGUGAAUGUGUGAGGGUGUACUUUGUGGAGCAGAAAAAAGUUCCAGAUAGCCUGUCCUUGUAAAAAUUUUAGUUCAAUAAGGUUGAACAAAAGUAGGUCUGUGAAAUGUUGGGCCAAGGAUAGUAAAACAUGAACAAAUUUCAAUUCCUUUAAGGGAGAUGGAGAAUUACAGUUGUGUAGGUAGAAGAAAUUUAUUUCCUGGAUGCUAAACAUGAAUUUUGUGAAUUAGCUGAUAGAGCAUUUUUCUUACCAGGGUUCAGAUAUGGGUUGUGGGAUGUGGCAUCCGUUAGUGCAGUUGUAUGUAAAGGUCUCACUAAAACCUUUCAGCCUUUGUAAAGAGAAGAUUUCUUCUGACUGAUGACCCUUUCUUGAAAAUACAAAGUGUUCAUUUCAUGAGAGGUAGUAUGUGUAGCAGUUAAGAGUGCAGAUUUAGAACCCUACUAUGUUUAAAUUACAGAUGAGAGACCUUGAGUGAGUUAAUCUCCCUGUCCCUUAAUUUCCUCAUUUAUCAAAAGAGAGUCUUAAUAGUAAUACCUGCCUCAGAGGUUUGUUGUGAAGAGAAAUCAAUACAUAAGUAAAGUGUUUAGAAUGGUGCUGGUGGCUGGUAAGUGCUAUAUAAAUCUUCACUAUUGUUACCGAAUGUGCCUAUGUAAAUCACAUUUCUACCUAGCUUCAAAGUUGAAGUGUGUUAGUUUUAACAAAAUGAUUGUAUGUCAGUAUAACCACAGCUUGUGGUUAUAGUUGAUUUAGUUGUAUGUUAGGAUUAUCAUUAGAAACAAAAUGUUUGCUUCUGUUUCAAAACCAUUGAAGAAAACAGUUUAUACUCUUCAGAAGCCUCCAUGAGUAAGAGAUAACCUUAGUUAUUCUGGACAGGCUGGUUAAAAAUUCCAGCAGAACAAUUGGAAAAUAGUGAUAAGAAGAGUAUUCACAUAUUUAAAAAAAAAAACAAACUAUUGCCGUCAAGUUGAUUCUGACUUAAAUUGUGGGAGAAUUUUGCCCCUAUUGAAUCUUACAUAUUUUUCUUACUCUGCAUAAAUUAAAAAAAUUAAAUUUCCUUUAUCUAUAAUACUAUGUCUCUUCAGGCAAUAUUUAAGUGUGCUGACAUAGUUUGAUGUUACUAUAACCACACUAGAUCAUUACCUGUGUCCAUUUGAUAUUCUCCUUGUCUUGACUGCCCUCUAGAGUUGAUGAGAAAAGAUCCUGUAUUAGUAAUCUUUACUCACUGUGUUUGACAUCGUAGUGCUCAAUAAGUUGAGCAGAUGAAGGACUCUCUUCUCCUUGAGGCCUGUAACAUUUUCGUGGCUCCAGAUGCAUUAACCAAAUGAUGAAAAUGCUAAACGAAACCCAAGCCCAUUGCUGUUGAGUCAAUUCCAACUCAUAGUGACCUUGCAGGACAGAGUAAAACUGCCCCAUAGGGUUUCCAAACAUUCGAACUGUCGACCUCUUGGUUAGCAGCCAAAGCCUUAACCACUGCGUCACCAGGGCUCCAUGAAAAUGCUAAGUUAUCCCUAAAAGGUGUUUAUCACUUGCAUACAUUGAUAUAUAUAAUAAAUUCUAUUUGCUGUGUAAUUAAGAGAAGUACAGUGCAGAAAUGGAAAGUUUACUACUUCAAUGUUCCUGUUUGCAGCCAACUGAAACUCUUGGAUCUGUCCCCAAAAUUUUGUCAGUGGAGAUAAGAAGACUGUUGUUGUAGUUGCAUCCUAGCGCAGAUUCCUGUGUUACCAACUUUGCCUUCUCUGCUUUUCUUGUCAUUUCCAUCAGAUGUUCUCUAUGUGCCCCCACUUUGGGUUCCCCCAUUCACUCCCUUCUCCUGCUAUAUCUUUCCGUCUAUUGCUUUUCUGUGACUUAACCUUUUUAGGGCUUUCUUUGCCCCGGGGUAUGAAGGCUGAAUGGGGCUGAGCCUUGGGUACUGGUUUCCAAUUCUCCCGCUUCAGCACAAGAUGAAAAAUAACUUCUUACACCACCUGUGGAUAACUUGAUGCUUAAGCGUAGGGCAGGAUAAGUAAGACCUGAGUGGGCCUUACUUUCAGGUCAAAACUCAACCUUGCCUUUAUUUGGACACUCAUGUCUGGAAUUGUGGAACAACUCAGGAGAGAUUGGAGCUAGACCAUAUUUUAGACAGUUACUAUAAUUCUCCACUUUGAAGAUACAAGUGACCUCUUGUAUGCAUGGUUAGUUGAAAAGAGCAAGUUAUUUUAUGAAGAAUCUGAUAUAUACUGAAAACUUGUAGUUAUUUCUCAGCCCUUUUGCAAACUUCAAAAUAACAAAGGCACUUAUUGUUAACUCUUCAUUCAAGAUGGAGAGUGAAUCGUAGAGAAGCUAAACAACUAAUGUCAAAUUGCAUAAUGCAUAAUGAGUGUCCAUGAGCGCCAAGAAUAGGAAUAGUACUUGUGCCACCAAGCAGACAUUUCCUUUCAAGCCGUUAUAAUUUGUGCCUACUAUUAGAAGAUUUUUACCACUGGAUUUAUUUAUUUUUAAUGCGAUUUGGUCCUUUGAUUCUAUAUAUCCUUAAAUUCUCAAGUGGAGGAUUGUCAUUCUGGUUUUCUAGUCUUUUUUUCUAGCUUCUUUCCCAUUAUUACUAAAUAGAUAUUGAGUUGCAUGCUAUGUCCUACUCCUUCCUACUGAUCUGUAAGCUGUUCCAUUGGCUUUCUUUCUGUUUCCUGCUGCUUUCUUGCUUCAUAAUUGAAGGGAGGAUUCAGACCCAUUCAGGUAACAAACUAUUGGUUAUGCAUGGCCUCGUUGUUACUCUAUCCCCUUUAGUAUUAUUACAGUGAGAUUUAUUGUUUUCUGCUGAAUGGAUACAUUCACAUUGGAAAGUCACUAUUGGUGGAUUGUUUCAAAGCUUUUAAGCCUGCAGUGUGAACCAUGGAUAAUCACAGGUACUGGCUGCCUGCUGCUUAGGCACUUUGAGAUUUGAGCUCUGCUCAUUCCAGACCAUUCCUAGGCCUGGCUAGAUUCUCCACUUUUAUUGCAAACUGUUCUGGAAAGCAAAAUUGGGUUCUGUUCAAUAUGGAGUUCCCAUCUUUUUGAAAAGAAGACUUAGUUCAGCAUGUGGAAACUCUAGAAAUGGUUUUAGUUUAGCUUGACCCUGAUGGACUGGAAUGAAAAUGUUUAUGUCUGGUGAGGUUUCUUUUCCUUCUGAGUAUUUUAUACAUGACUUGAGUGGUAGGUUUUUGGGGGGACUACUUUUAAUAAAUUGAUAAUGAACCAUCUACUCUUUUUGAAAAGACAGUGCUUUUAUACAACAGAACAACUUUGAGAAAGACACCAGCUACCCCUUUUGUUAUAUUUUAUCAUCUAUGUUUAAAUUAAUAAUUAAUUAUGGUACAGAAUUUUUAUUUUUAAAUAGCUGAGACUUCAUUAUGAAGCAGUUGAGAUUACCCUACUGUUCACAAAUGUGUGACAACACUAACCAAAUUUGACAUUGUGUAGAAUGGUUUUCAUGAACCCAGUCUUUUCAUUUAUAUUGUUUCUAAUUCAGGUUUAUCAGAUUUCUAUUAGUGGAAAAAAGGGGAAAGCUCAUGAAUGCAAAAAUUUAUGUAUUUCCCUUUGCAAAAAACGAAAUAAAUAUUUUUUGUCCCCUUCCCAGUUUUUCCAGAGGCCUCAAAUACAGCCUCCUAGAGCUACCAUCCCGAACAGCAGUCCUUCCAUUCGUCCUGGUGCACAGACACCCACUGCAGUGUAUCAGGCCAAUCAGCACAUCAUGAUGGUUAACCAUCUGCCCAUGCCGUACCCAGUGCCCCAGGGUCCUCAGUACUGUAUACCGCAGUACCGUCAUAGUGGCCCUCCUUAUGUUGGGCCCCCACAACAGUAUCCAGUUCAGCCACCGGGGCCAGGUCCUUUUUAUCCUGGACCGGGACCUGGGGACUUCCCCAAUGCUUAUGGAACACCUUUUUACCCAAGUCAGCCAGUGUAUCAGUCAGCACCUAUCAUAGUGCCUACGCAGCAGCAGCCCCCUCCAGCCAAGAGAGAAAAAAAAACAAUAAGAAUUCGAGAUCCAAACCAGGGAGGUAAAGACAUAACAGAAGAGAUUAUGUCUGGAGGUGGCAGCAGAAAUCCUACUCCACCCAUAGGGAGACCUAUAUCUACACCUACUCCUCCUCAGCAGCUGCCCAGCCAGGUCCCCGAGCACAGCCCUGUGGUUUAUGGGACUGUGGAGAGCGUUCAUCUUGCUGCCAGCACCCCUGUCACUGCAGCUAGCGACCAGAAGCAAGAAGAGAAGCCAAAACCAGAUCCAGUGUUAAAGUCUCCUUCUCCAGUCCUUAGGCUAGUCCUUAGUGGGGAGAAGAAGGAACAAGCAGGCCAGACGUCUGAGCUUACUGCAGUAGAAUCCACACCAGAGCUUCCUCUGCCUGUGUCACCUACCACUGUUUCUCCAAUUGCUCGUAAUACGAUUGCUUCCCCUAUCUCUGCUGCUCUUAGUAGCCAACCAAUAUUCACCACUGCUGUUGAUGACAGAUGUGAACUCUCUUCCCCAAAAGAGGACACAUUUCCUAUACCCAGCCCCACAUCUUGCACAGAAACAUCAGACCCUUCACCAACAGAUGAAAUUGAUGAUGAUAUAUGCAAGAAACCCUGUAGUGUAGCACCUAAUGAUAUUCCACUGAUUUCUAGUACUGACCUUAUUAAUGAAAUAAAUGGAGUUGGUGAAAAAUUACCAGCCACGGAGAGCAUUGUAGAAAUAGUAAAACAGGAGGUGCUGCCAUUGACUCUUGAAUUGGAAAUUCUGGAAAAUCCCCCAGAAGAAAUGAAAGUGGAAUGUACCCCAGCUCCCAUCACCCCUUCCACAGUUCCUUCCUUUUCUCCAUCUCCUCCAACUCCUCCAGCCUCUCCUCCUCCCACUCCAGUCAUUGUUCCUGCUGCUGCCACUACCAUUAGUACUUCCAGUGCUCCCACCACAGUUCAGGGAGUCUUAGAAGAGGACGAGAGUGUAAGAACUUGCUUUAAUGAAGAUGGAAAAGAAAUUCCGAACAAAACAGAGGCAGAAGCAGAUGGGCAAACAGAAGAGACUAUGGAUUCUCAGAGCUUAAAUUCAAGAAAGAGCCCUGUCCCAGCUCAAACAGCUAUAACUGCACCAAAGACGUGGAAGAAACCAAAAGAUCGGACCCGAACCACUGAAGAGGUGUUAGAGGCAGAGUUGGAGCCUAAAGCUGAAGAGGAGCUUUCAGGUGACAAAGUACUUGAAUCUGAACAGGAUAAAGUGAACCAAGGGUUUCAUCCUGAAAGAGACCCCUCUGACCUUAAAAAAGUGAAAACUGUGGAAGAAAAUGGAGAAGAUGCUGAGCCUGUGCGUAAUGGUUCUGAGAGUGUUUCUGAGGGUGAAGGAAUAGAUGCUAAUUCAGGCUCUACCGAUAGUUCUGGUGAUGGGGCCACAUUCCCCUUUAAACCAGAGUCCUGGAAGCCUGCUGAUACUGAAGGCAAGAAGCAGUAUGACAGGGAGUUUCUGCUGGAUUUCCAGUUCAUGCCAGCAUGUAUACAGAAACCAGAGGGCCUGCCCCCCAUCAGUGAUGUGGUUCUUGACAAGAUCAACCAACCCAAAUUGCCAAUGCGAACUCUGGAUCCUCGGAUUUUGCCUCGAGGACCAGACUUUACUCCAGCCUUUGCAGAUUUUGGAAGGCAAACACCUGGUGGAAGAGGUGUACCUAUUUGCAAAGUGCAGAGCAGGCAUGGAUUGCCAAUCCUGGAACAGGGCAAAGCCCUAGCAUGCACUCCUCUGGCGAUGUCGCACCCACCCCUGAAGAGCCUGCCUCUAGGGGUGUUGAACGUUGCAUCACGGAGAUCUCAACCCAGCCAGAGAAGAGAGCCCAGGAAGAUCAUCACAGUUUCUGUGAAAGAAGACGUGCACCUAAAAAAGGCGGAGAAUGCCUGGAAACCCAGCCAAAAACGAGACAGCCAAGCUGAGGAUCCUGAAAACAUUAAAACACAGGAACUUUUCAGAAAAGUUCGAAGUAUCUUAAAUAAAUUGACACCACAGAUGUUCAACCAACUGAUGAAGCAAGUGUCAGGACUUACUGUUGACACAGAGGAGCGACUGAAAGGAGUCAUUGACCUGGUCUUUGAGAAGGCUAUUGAUGAACCCAGUUUCUCUGUGGCUUACGCAAACAUGUGUCGAUGUCUAGUAACGCUGAAAGUACCCAUGGCAGACAAGCCUGGAAACACAGUGAAUUUCCGGAAGCUGCUACUGAACCGUUGCCAGAAAGAGUUUGAAAAAGAUAAAGCAGAUGAUGAUGUCUUUGAGAAGAAGCAGAAGGAACUUGAGGCUGCCAGUGCUCCAGAGGAGAGGGCAAGGCUUCAUGAUGAACUGGAAGAAGCCAAGGACAAAGCCCGGAGGAGAUCCAUCGGUAACAUCAAGUUUAUCGGGGAACUCUUUAAACUCAAAAUGCUGACUGAGGCCAUCAUGCAUGACUGUGUGGUGAAGCUGCUAAAGAAUCAUGAUGAAGAAUCCCUGGAGUGCCUGUGUCGUCUGCUCACUACCAUUGGCAAAGACCUGGACUUUGAGAAAGCAAAGCCUCGAAUGGACCAGUACUUUAAUCAGAUGGAGAAAAUUGUGAAAGAAAGAAAAACAUCAUCUAGGAUUCGAUUCAUGCUUCAGGAUGUGAUAGACCUAAGGCUGUGUAAUUGGGUAUCUCGGAGAGCAGAUCAAGGCCCUAAAACUAUUGAACAGAUUCACAAAGAGGCUAAAAUAGAAGAACAAGAAGAGCAAAGGAAGGUCCAGCAGCUGAUGACCAAAGAGAAGAGAAGACCAGGCAUCCAGAGAGUGGAUGAAAGUGGCUGGAACACUGUGCAAGGGGCCAAGAACAGUCGGGUACUGGACCCCUCAAAAUUCCUGAAAAUCACUAAGCCCACAAUUGAUGAGAAAAUUCAGCUUGUACCUAAAGCACAGCUGGGCAGCUGGGGGAAAGGCAGCAGUGGUGGGGCAAAGGCAAGUGAGACUGAUGUCUUACGGUCAAGUGCUUCCAGUUUAAACAGAUUCUCUGCUCUGCAACCCCCAGCACCCUCAGGGUCCACAUCAUCUACCCCUUUGGAGUUUGAUUCCCGAAGGACUUUAACCAGUCGUGGAAGCAUGGGUAGAGAGAAGAAUGACAAGCCCCUUCCACCUGCAACAGCUCGUCCGAACACUUUCAUGAGGGGCGGCAGCAGUAAAGAUCUGUUAGACAAUCAGUCUCAAGAAGAACAGCGGAGAGAGAUGCUAGAGACCGUGAAACAGCUAACAGGAGGCAUGGAUGUAGAGAGGAGCAUUACUGAGGCAGACCGAAACAAAACAAGGGAGUCAGUAGCUAAACCAGAAAUUCCAGCAACUUCAGCCCCUGACAAGCCUGCAUUGUCAGAAGAGGAGAUGGAGAGGAAGUCCAAAUCUAUCAUUGAUGAAUUCCUACACAUUAAUGAUUUUAAGGAGGCCAUGCAGUGUGUAGAAGAGCUGAAUGCCCAGGGCCUGCUGUAUGUUUUUGUGAGAGUGGGAGUGGAGUCCACCCUGGAAAGGAGCCAGAUCACCAGGGAUCACAUGGGUCAAUUACUGUAUCAACUGGUACAGUCAGAAAAACUCAGCAAACAGGAGUUUUUCAAAGGUUUUUCAGAAACCUUGGAAUUAGCAGAUGACAUGGCCAUUGAUAUUCCCCAUAUUUGGCUGUACCUUGCUGAACUAGUGACCCCCAUGUUAAAAGAAGGUGGAAUCUCCAUGAGAGAACUUAUCAUAGAAUUUAGCAAACCUUUACUUCCUGUUGGAAGAACUGGGGUCUUGCUUUCUGAAAUAUUGCACCUUCUAUGCAAACAAAUGAGCCAUAAGAAAGUGGGAGCCUUAUGGAGGGAGGCUGACCUCAGCUGGAAGGACUUUUUACCAGAAGAGGAAGAUGUACAUAAUUUUCUUUUGGAACAGAAGUUGGACUUUAUAGAGUCUGACAGUUCCUGUUCCUCUGAAGCACUUUCAAAGAAAGAACUCACUGCUGAAGAGCUAUAUAAGCGACUCGAGAAACUCAUUAUUGAGGACAAAGCAAAUGAUGAACAGAUCUUUGACUGGGUAGAGGCUAAUCUAGAUGAAUGCCAGAUGAGUUCACCUACAUUCCUUAGAGCUUUAAUGACAGCUGUUUGUAAAGCAGCUAUUAUAGCUGACUGCUCUACCUUCCGAGUGGACACUGCUGUCAUCAAGCAGAGAGUGCCGAUUUUACUCAAGUACCUAGACUCAGAUACAGAGAAGGAACUGCAAGCACUUUAUGCACUACAAGCAUCAAUAGUAAAACUUGAUCAACCUGCCAACUUGCUAAGGAUGUUUUUUGAUUGCCUAUAUGACGAAGAGGUGAUCUCUGAGGAUGCCUUCUACAAGUGGGAGAGCAGCAAGGACCCUGCAGAGCAGAAUGGGAAGGGUGUGGCCCUGAAAUCUGUCACAGCAUUCUUCACGUGGCUGCGGGAAGCCGAAGAGGAAUCUGAGGAUAACUAAAACUUCAAAUACACAAAACGAAACAAAAGAAACAAUUUAAGUAUUUUUUUAAAAAGUUUCACGUCUUCGCCAAUCACAGUGCAGCAAGGCCAAUUCUCGCAGAAACCCCCACGUGUGCACGAGUGGGAGAGGGAAAAGAGAAAAAAAGGUGAUCAUGGAGGAAAAAGGUACUGGAAAAAGUAAACUUCAAACCUGAGGGCGGGAGCACUAAUACCAAAAUACAUGUAUUAUUUAUAGAAAAUAUUUUCUGUUUUAAUCUUUUCUUUUUAAACGAGGACUCAUACUUUAAAGAAACACAUUUGUUCAGCAAAAAAAAAAAAGUUGAGAACUUUUAAUUUAUUUUAAGGACUGCAAAUGCCAGUGUAAUUUUUUAAUUUGCAGUUUCUGUAAACAACUUGUAUAAUAGAAAAGCAGAGAAAUAAAUUUCCCUCCCCUUCAGAUGCACCUCAAGUUUGUUUUAAAAGCAUAGUAGUUAGUCCAGAUUUAAGAAGGUUUGGGG